AUGGCAGAAGCCAUAGGUCUUGCAGCGAGUAUCAUUGGAGUUGUUAAAAUUACCGGAAGCUUGGUUUCUCUUGGUUAUAACUACCUGGGAGGGGUUAGGGAUGUAUCGAACGAACUCCGAAAGCUCGUGGAUGAGCUCCAUUCCCUCGCCCAAGUUCUUCUCGUCUUACGGGAUCAUGCUCGUGACGACAUAUUACUUCAGCCCACAGCACUACAGAGACUUAAUGACCAAAAUGGACCGCUUCCACGAUGCGCAUUGGAACUAAAAACACUACAGGGGAAAUUGGAACCUAAACUGGGGCUGCGGGGAAUGGUGAAGUAUCUUUUGUGGCCGCUCAAGGAGAAAGAAACCCUUCAAUAUAUUGAUAGUAUAGAACGGUAUAAGAGCUUGUUCAAUUUAGCGCUGACAACGGAUCAUUUUGCCUUAUCAAGAACUAUUGACGGAUGCGUCCGAGAUACGAACCAAAUUAUGCACGAGCUCCGGAACGAAUCAUCGGUGCUGACCUCUCAUGUGGAUAGAAUGUUGACUGCGGAAAAGCGAAACAAGAUACUUAAUUGGCUAUAUCCCGGAAACUUCGACCAAAAACAUGUCGAAAUUAAUCAGCCUGAUUAUUUGAUGCUUUGGGGCUAUGGAAUUCCUGGUGCAGGAAAAACAUUUAUAAGCUCUUCAAUAAUCGACUAUCUAAAGACUCAGAAAUCAGGCGGGAAUUACGGGAUUGCGCCAAGGGGAUGUUUCUCCUUGUACGCUUCCAUAUCGAGCACAUAUGCCAGCAGACAACCUUGA